AUGCAAGCAUUUUUAAACUUUCGUCAACAUAUUCAUCGUCUUCUCAAUUCAAAUUCAUCAGUUGGUGAUACAACUUUCAUUGUCAAACAUCUCGAAGAUGAAGCAUCAAAUCUAUGUCUUUCUUUCGACACGCAAAUACAAUCUCUUCGCGAUGAUUUACUCGCGAAAGACAAUGAACUUAUUAAAACGAUGCAAGAACGCUUCAAUCCUUUACAGGAAUUGAAUACAACCAAGGAUUCUGCACAUACAAUUAUUAAGUGUUUGAACAUAUCUCUCAAAGCAUCUUCUCACACCAUUGCUCGCACCAUCAUAGAAAUGAUUGCUCGUGAACAUUUACAUUCUAUGAAUUUAGCUAUUGAAAAAUUGAUGGAUAAGCUUCGUCGUGAAAAGAAUUACGCAAAAGCAUUUAUUACUUUAUAUAAAACUUUAUCUGAAGCUGUACACAAUUGUGGUCUUUGCUAUGAGGAAGAUGUGCUUCCAAUUCCAGAUAUUAUUGAGAAUAUAUUUAGUAAAUCGGACGCAUUAGCACUUGCCACUUUUUAUUCAAUUACAUUGCCGAACAUGCCAUAUGAAAUAGUGUCAAAUGUUGCUAAGCUACCUUCGAAUUCAUCGUAUUGGCUCAACAGUGGUGAUUUGAAGAAUUGCUCGAAUACCUCCACCACCACGAUUGCUGCAGCUGAUGAAAAAUCGUCCAAGCGAAAAUUGGAUGAAAAUGAAGAAAAUGAAGGAGAUUAA